AAAUACAAUCACUUUAAUUACCGGAAACUGUUUUCUUUCGUUCCAAAAUCUAAAUUUGUGCUGGUGAGGAGCUCCACGGUUUAGUUCGCACUUCGCAGCCAUGGCAGACGACUUCGAGUUCGCCGACAAGGGAAACAGGAUUAUUUAUGAAACUGAACCGAAAGGCUUCAAUCCCGGAUUGAUAGUGUUGCUGGUUGUUGGCGGUCUGCUGCUGACAUUCCUUGUUGGGAACUAUGUCCUUUACUUGUAUGCGCAAAAGACUCUUCCUCCUAGGAAAAAGAAGCCAGUAUCGAAGAAGAAGAUGAAGAGAGAGAGGCUGAAGCAAGGAGUUUCUGCACCAGGAGAGUAAUGAUUUCCAGGCCCGAUUUCCUCUGUUCUCUGUGUUAUAAACGGUUUGUUCAUGAUUUUCUUCCUUUUUUGUUCCCAGAGGUGCUUUUGUUGAACUUUUAAAAUCUUAAUUAGAACUUAAUCCCAUAUUCAGUAGACUAGAAGUAAAAUGCUGUUUGUGUUCAUCAGGUACAGUUUAUUUGUCUCAUUUCUAAUUGCAUUUACUCUAAUUUCCUUUUCGUUUUCAA